UAUUUUUUUAUUUAAUCACGUUUGAAUCUUGACGUAGUAUUUUAAUAAUUGUGACCUUGUGUUGAAGCAUAGUAUCCUCUUAGAAUAAAACCGACUAGACUAGUUGUUUCCUUGUGUACACAACCACGCGAAACACCAUCAAAUACACAUUCAUUCACAUAGGUGUGAGAGGUUCCUUUCGUGGCAGAGGGGGUCGGCAAGCCUAUAGGCAGCAAGACAGCAAAAACAAUCGCAAGCGAGCCGCAUCGUCCUCUGACAAUUACAACCGGAACAAGAAACGUAAAAAAAUGGAUUGGAGAACAACGCUUGUGGUGCUUUCCCUAGCACUCUACGCUGACGGUUUCUCCAAAUACGGACGUACAUGCAAAGACAUUGGCUGUUUAAACAGCGAAGUGUGUGUACUGGCAGAGGACCCGUGCACCUUCGGCCGCUCAUCUAACUGUGGCACUUACCCCACCUGCAAGAAGAAGUCUAAAGUCGAAGGUUCACAUGCACUGCCAGAAGCCCCUCGUGUCACCACACCCAAGCCUUACGUGCCGCCUAGAGAUGACAGCGUGCCAAACUACCCUCCCCCCGCACCGCCUGGAGGCAAUUCGCCUUAUGGAAACAACUCUCCCUAUGGUGGAAACUCACCCUACGGAGGCAGUUCCCCCUACGGGGGAUCUAGUCAAGGUGGCUCCUCAUUUGGUGGCGGUUCCCCAUACGGUGGCAGCUCACCGUAUGGAGGAAAUUCGCCAUACGGAGGUAGCCCGAGCCCCGGUGGAGGUUCGCCAUACGGUGGAAGCUCGGGCCAUGGUGGCAGUUCGCCCUAUGGUGGUAGUUCUCCAUAUGGAGGCAGCUCGCCAUACGGCGGCUCGAAUAACAGAGGAGGCAGUCCAUACGGAGGCAAUUCCCCUUACGGGUCCAGCUCUGGAGGUCUCGGAGGUAGCAGCGGCAGCCCACUCGACAGCAUCCUCAGCACCAUCAACAAGUACGCCAACAGCGGCGGCGGCGGCGGCGCAGGCGGCGGCAAUUCCGGCCUGUCGGGCAUCCUCGGCGGACUAGUCAACUCCAUCUCCAAGAACGGAGGUUUGAACAGUUUCUUCAACACGAGACCCAUAAUGGAGAACCCUAAUUACUCCUCCUAUAGCUCGAAUUCGAGGAGUUCUAAUCUGCAAUAUUACCCUUCAGGUCAACCGAGCUAUCAGACGCCUGUUCAAAACAAAAACUAUGGGCAAAAUAAUGCGCACCACAGCGCGGCCACCACACACAGACCAGUGUCCUAUGGCUGGAAUGUUAGUGCAACUGUGAUGUUGACGUACCUGAUACACCAAUUCAUCCAGAGUAUUAUACGACAUUAACUCGAAUAUAUAUAUAACCUACCGAAAUGUUAAGUUAAAUGUUCAGAUUCUACUUUAAUAUAUAUUUUGAAUCUCUAGGUGCUGAAUUGCUAUUUCUCGCCGCCGUUUCUCGCCUAACUUAUGUGCUAAUCUAAGGCUGAAUUAUAAGAAUUUUUGGUCAUAAAUGUGAUAGCAAUGCAAUUUAUAAAAAGAUGUUUCAAAGAAAACUACACUCAAUGUCUUUAAAAUAGAACUUUAUUCAGUUCGUCCCAAAAUAUAAGACUAGACCCGUUUAUUAUACAGGAUUAUUCCCAUACGCUUCAUAAUUUAUUUUUACCCCAAGUUUCAGAAGUGGGUAGGUACAUGAAAUGUAUGAAAAUUAAAAUUACAAAUUUAAUUUCAUAUAUAUUAUAAAUAUUACCCAAGUUUUAGAAGUGGGGACAUGAAACGUAUGAGAAGUAAAUCAAAAUUUAUUUCACAGAUAUUUAGAUUACGAAAAUAGCAUCAAUGUUGAAAUAUUAUGUAAACAACCGAUUUAUAAAAAAUUGUAAAAUCAUUAUAAAUUGUUACACAAUUC